AUACCAGUACUCUAGGCCGUCUUGUCAUCCCAACAGGCAUGCAUUUGUAAGAUAAGUACAAUGUCGCUCCUUCGUAGCAAGACUUUCAAGCCAUAAGUGCCUGCCUGUCUGCUGCACUUGGAAACAUCGAGACUGUUUUUACUCCAUCCUUCCGCCAUUAUGAUUCCGCGUACACUUCUCCCCCUUCUUGUGUGCCUAUUCGCCCACGUUCUGAGUGUAUCAUCGUCUCCGCUGGUAGUCGAACGCGCUGCUGCAACAUGUGCUGCCAAAGACAUCGCCACGGUCAAGCGCACAGUCGCAGACCCGGUGUACUUCUGCCAGUGGUGGCAACAAGAUGUACGCACUAGAUCGCCCUUUAUGGAAUUCAGUGCAACUCAGGUCGACACGCUCUGCAAGUGUAUCUCGCCAGUCGCAACAGGCCCAAAGUGCAAGCGCAAGCGUAAGCGAUCUCAGAUCGAAGAGAGAUCUGCGCUUGUCGCUCGAUCUGCUGCAUCUUGUAGCGCGGAAGUGAGUGCGCAGUUCACACAGCCAUACCGCUUCUGCACAUUCUAUACUGCUUAUCCGAGAACUACCUCGCCUUUCCGAAAAUAUACUGCAUCCGCCCUAACCAGUUUGUGCAAAUGCGCAAUCACAAAAACCACUUCUACCAGCACCAAAAAGACUUCCACCAGCACUAAGAAGACGACUACGAGCACGAAGAAGGCAGUGGUUACUACGGCCCAAAAGCCGGUCACGACUACCAGCAGAAAACCGGUCACAUCUACCACUAAGAAGCCGACAACAUCUACAACCAAGAAACCGGUGACCUCUACGAUCAAGAAGCCCACAUCGACCAGUACGCAGAAGCCUAUAUCAACAAGCACGAAGAAGCCUACCUCGACAAGCACAAAGAAACCCACCUCGACAAGCACAAAGAAAUCUACCUCGACGAGCACGACGAAGCCUGCAUCGACCAGCACGAAGAAGGCUACAAUUGUAAGCACAAUUAAACCCACCGUCACAAGUACGAAGAAGCCUGUAUCUUCAAGCGCAAAGACGACAUCAACGAGCGUGAAGCAAGCCACAUCGGUAAGCUCAAAGAAGCUCACGACAAUCACGACGAAGCCAGCAACAACCAGUCUCAAGGUAUCAACUUCAAGCACCAAGAAAGCUUCGACAACCAGCUCAAGGAGAUGAGUAAGGAAUUUGUUUGUCUGGGAGUUAACGGUGUGGGGACUAGAUGGGUAUUGGACACGAUUGGCGUUCAGAUGAACUUAGAUAUAGGUACCAAGAUGCAAGAGCUGUGUAGAAUUUGCUCUCCAAAACCGGUCAACAUCUUCCAUUAAU